AUCACUGAGAUGCGUAUCAACACAAGAUAUACCAUUUACGAUCUGAAUUUUAUACGAAAACGAGCCUAGAUAGAUUUAAAAUUGAAAUUUUGGUGCCAAAAUGCGAUUUUACUUGGUCUAUAGAGAUGACGGGACUUACGACCUGGUCAUCGACGACCGAGAGCCGAUAUUCGAGCCGAUAGACCCGGACGAUUUCGGCCCAGCAUCUGAGCCCACCGAGGUAUACCCCCUCCCCGACCUCAACGCCCCCAUCCUGGCCGAACUCCGAGACACAACUGAACCCGAAUCUAGGUCUCAAACUGCUUCCCCUUUCCUCCUGUCUACCAAACCCUACAGACCCUUCUCCACUGAACCCAUCCCUGAAGUCCCACCGCUAGAAGAACCUAUAAUCCUUAAUCCAAACUACCAUGACGAAUUUGGAAAUUUAAACGAUCUGCUCGGUGAUAUAGAUGCUGAUGCUCUACCUAAAACUAAGUUUAAGCUGCCGAUAUCUGAACAGUACGAUCCCAAUUAUGGUAAAGAUGAAAAGGGUAAAAAGGUGAAGGCAGCAGUGAAACAAGUUGAUGAAGAGAUGAAAGAUCAGACUAUGACGCGCGAAGAAAUCGAUUUCAUGAAACAAAUGAAGCAGGAUAUCGAUUUAGCUACAAUGGAGGAGACUGCUGUGUCGGCGUUAAGUGGUUUCGGGAAGUCGGACCAGUCUUUCUCUGUUGCCAAGCAAGAGACGGUAGAAGAGCAUUCGGCAUCGAUGUUCACCAAGAAAGAGAUCGCAGAACAGAAAGUUAAAUCGUGUAGUUUCAAAGAACAAAUCACUGAACAGAAAUCUUCAACGACAGAACACAAGACAGUAGAACAAGCUGCUUCAUUAAUUGUCGAUGAGAGUAUAACAAAAGCUGUAUCAGUGGCUGAAGAAAUUAAAAACGAAAUAGCAGUUGAAUUGCACACCGGAGACGUAAAAUCAUCAGAAAUUAAGAAAGAAGAUUCCAAAAAAGUGGUGGAAUCCUUGAAAAGCACUAAUGAAGAUAAUACAAAAGAAAAAGCAUCUAAAGUAUCUGCAAAAACAAUUGCAAUAACUCUUGAAAGAAAUGCUAUGCACGACGAUAGUAUAAUAUCUUCAGCCAAAAAAGAAGUUGAAGAAACCAUAGUAUCUGGCACUGUCAAGCGACUAUCAAGUAAUUUCGAUAAAGAACAAGAAGCGGUUAAGGCUGUGGAUGAAAGAAAAGAUAUUUCGAAAAAGGUUUUAGUGUCUGAUGUGAAAUCAAAACGGGAAGUAAGUAAAGACACCAAUUCACAAAACAAGUCGUCCACUACAAGUGGCCAAAAGUCACAAAAAAGUGAAGUGAAAUCUGAUAGUAAGAAAGAGUACUCUACAUCAAAAUUAUUAGCUGAGCAACGUGCUUAUACCAUUGGACUACAAACGAUACCUAACAUAAGAGGCAGUGUACACUCAUCUUAUCACUAUGAUUUAUUACUUAAAACAUUCUUCAUUCAUCUAACUGACGUUAUGGUUGCACUGUCAAGAUUUAUUUUGGCUGAACCGGUACUAAAAAUAGAAGGUUCCUCACAAGAUUUGUCAAAAAAGACCGUUUCCGAAGAAGUGAUGGUUGACAAAGAAGAAAAGGUUAGGAGAGACGAAAAAAAGGUACAUAAAGAAAUGAAAGAAGAAAAAUAUUCAGAAGAAGUACAAGAAAAUGUGACAGUCGAUAUAAGAGAAGAAAUAACGCAUAAGAGAAAAUCAGGUUCAAAAAUGGCUCAAUUAACCGAAAAGAAACCUGAAGAUCUGAUUCAUGACAUGGAUGCUGUGAUAACCGAGUUUCAACAUAAAUCAGGCAUAGAAGAAGAACACAUCGUAGAAGAGGAAAAGAGACAGGAGGUUUUACCACAAGUCUCUUCGCAAUUUGAGGCAGAGGUUGUUACAAAGAGUGAACCUUUAGAAUCAAAAAUCGAAAGUUACGAAAGUUCCAAAGAAGUCACUGAAAUAACUAAAAAAAACAUGGAAAUUAUUCGCAGUAUUACAGAAAAAUCAGAAUCCAAAACAUCAGAAUUAAAGGUAUCUAGAGACAGUAGAAGUCGUUCCAAAUCAAGAGAAGGCAGACAAAUGUAUGUAGCUGUAGUAGAGUCACACGUUUACACUAACAAGGACACCAUAUUGGAUGAACAAUUUUCUGAAACAUCUUCUGAGCAUAGUGCGGAAGAAACUGUAGCAACAGAAAAACAAGUUUACGAAAGCACUGAACAGAAAUCAACUGUAGAAGAAGUUAUUCAAGAAAAGUCUACCGUAGAGGAAGUUAUUCAAGAGGAAUCAAAGGUAGAGGAAGUUCAUAAAGCAAUCAAAGAAUUAAGCAUUGAAAAAGCUGUACAAGAGUUAGAAGAAAUGGCCGUAUGUGAAACCAAAGUUGAAAGUCAAAAGAUUGAACAGCUUAAAGUUCGAGAACCAAUUAUAGAACCACCUGUGGAGGUGGAAAAGCAAAUAAUUUUAAGUCGUAAACCUUGUGUUAUAAUACCAGUAAACGAAGAUGUAGAAGCUACUGUGAAAAUUAUACAAGAAAUUUCACCACCAAUAGUCGAAGAGCCACCACCAGAAACAACUAUAGCUGAAAAAACUUCUACCGUUGAAUCCUCUCAAUAUGAAUCAGAAGAUCAAACUCAGACCUUGACGUCUAGAGUACAAACUACUGAACUAGAAGAGACUACUAGUAGCUUAGUAGAUGAAAGCAGCAUAGUCAUGACUAAUCUAGAGCAGACUCCACAAAUACAGCAGACCUCACACAUGACACGAUCCACUAAAAUGGAAGAUUUAUCGCAAAUUCAAGAGACGACAAUGACCACUCAAUCAACGACAGAAACUACGGAACUGAGAAAGCAAUUGCUUCGAAGAUUAUCGUUGAAAUCAGACAUGUCUGGUAGCAUGGACUCCUUCCCCAGCACUAUUAGCACCCCGACCCCAAUGACAGUCCCUCCCACACCUCUGACUGACGAAUACAUGUUCCGCCUAGAAUGUCCAAUGCCCAAAAACCUCCCUUCAGAGCUAGAUGAAUCCAGUCCAAGUCCUGAAAAGGAAAUAGACCACGAAGACCUGAAUAUUGUAAAAAAAAAGUUGGUACCACACAUUGACACGAAAAUAGAAAGGAUUGUCUAUGACCCUCCGUUGCCAACUCCUCUGGAGGGUAUGCCUCUCCCUGAGUUUACGCCUCAGAAUGGACAACUGAAAGAGAAGCUUUCCGAGGAAGAAAUAUUGGAAAUCGAAAGAAAAUCAUCGCUUCUAGCUUCUGCCAUUGAUGAAACCAUUAAAAGUAUAGAAGAAUAUAAAGAACAAGUCAUCAUGGAAGCCAAAAAGCAAGAAGUAUCUUCCACGCUUAAAGAAGAAUCGUCUGCACUAAAAGAAGAGUUUUCUGCACUUAAAGAAGAAUCCUCCGUAAAUGUGGCCCAAACUGAGGCAACUCCAAUGACCUAUACUGGGUUUGUUAAAGAAGCUAAACUAACAAUAUUCGAUGACUUCAAAGCUGAACUAGCGAAAGAAAACAAAGAAGAAAGUAUUAUCACUAAUGAAGUUCAGUUAAGUACUGUCACUGGUACAAAACAAUCAGACAUAUCCAGCGACGUCACGGAAAAAAUGGUACAAGACAGUUUAAAAUCCACCUUCGCAGCAAAUAUGACAACGGACAGUACGCAGCAAGACUUCAAAUCGACUGAUCACAAAGCAGAAAUAUUCUCUUCGAGCAUCCAAGAUGAAUCAACAGCAUUGACAGACAUAACAAAGCAAUCUACUGAAAAAGUCGUUGAAAAUGUAUCAACAGGAUCUUCGAAGGAAUGUUUGUUCAAAGUGAGUAAGUUUACGAAGGCGGAAGAAACAGUGACUGAGACCAAGUCAAGUGAAGUGUUGCCGGGAUAUCGACCAGUACCGUUUAACCCGGAGGAGCUGAUGCAACAGCAGCAACAAAAACUGCAAGCUGCUUCUGAACAGCAGCUUCCAGGAGGGUUCCGUCCUGUCCAGCUUAAUGUGCAGAACGGUGCGAUGGAGCCUGAAAUCGCCAGACCUAGAAGCGUCACAUUUGAAGGCGAAACCUUAGGGACCACACAGGGCAUUAUCAGUGGCAUGAAAGAGAAUAUAAUGGAUGAAGAGGUUGUCAAAGAACUGGGAAAACCUGGUUUAUCAGAUGAGAAUAUUGCAGUUCUUAUAUCUGGUGAAUCUGAAAUGCUGCGAGAAGCCCACGUUAUGGGUGUGGACUUCAAGAAGAUAAAGCCGGUCAUAGACAAGCUAAAGGACUCUGAAGUGCUGAAGGCGCUGAAUGAUGAGCUGACAAAGACCAAAGAGGAGAAGAAACAGGAGGAGAGGAAGUGGACCACGUUCCUGCAGAAGCCAAAGCGGGUGCCUCCCACGGCCAAGUUCGGGUACCACGGCUGGCUGCCACAGUUCAUCCCGGAAGGGGAAGAAUACAAAGUUAAAAUUGUGAAACAACCGAAGCCAAAAGUUGCGCCCGACUACAAGCCCGAGAGCUUCGAGACGGGUCCUCUACCGUGGGAGGAACGAGCCGCCAACGAGCCGCCGCCACCGCCGGUGGAGCCUGAAGACCCGAUACUGAUCCCGGAGGAGCGACCAGAGUUCCUGGAGGCAGUAGAUCCGCUGCCGGAGAGCGAGGUGCCUGAUUUGGAGGAGACUGGUAUCCCACUACCACCCGAGAAGACCGAGGAGCCAGAACCAGAGACAACUGCUGAAGAGCCAGCGGAGGCGCCAGUGGACGAGGCAGUAGACGAGCCAGUGGAACUUGACAUAGAGCGAGUAGUCGAAGAGACAGCCGAGAUCAUUCAAGACAUGGAGCAGAAUAAAUUGGCGGAGCAGCUGCUGAAUAGCGUGCAGGGUAUGGUUGACCCGGCGGCGCCGCUGGAGCAGCAGCUAUCGGCGAUGCGCGCGCAGCUGGCGGCGCUGGCGCAGCUGCCGGCUGUGUUGCAGCAGUCGCUCGACCUGGUCACCAGGCAGCUCAUGCAGAUCUCACACCAGGAGACCAAAGAAACUGAGGUGAAGACCGAAUCGACGGUUGAAGUUGUGGAGACUGUUGAGAAAAUCGAAAAAGUCACCGAGAAAACUGAAAUCAUCGAAGAAAGCAGCACCAAAGUAACCGAACAAACCCAAGAGCAACACGAAGAAACAACUCAGCAGACUAGGCAAACUGAGCAAUCUGCCCAACAAGACGUCAAAUCCAAACUGACGUCUGAAGAAGUGGAAAAGCUGAGGAGGGAGGAAGACGAAAUGCUGGAAGAGAUGAGAAGAAUCGAGAAACAAAAGAAGGUAGCUAGAGAAUUCAUUAAGGAGCUCAUGGAACAACAGCAGUUGGACCACGAGUCGCGGCAAGUGAAGGCGCAUCCCACGCCACGCGUCGGCAAGCCCAAGCCAGUCUUCGGCCCCCUGACGCCCCAAGAGAGGCCGCUAGUCCUGCCAGGAGGUCGCAAGUGGAGGAAGCCUAAGGACGCCUUCAACGAACAGCUGUUCGCGGAGACACUGGCCGCUCAGGUCGAAAUCAUCCAGGGGACUACGAAAGGGUGUCCAUUUGAAAGUGAGAAACUGCCAUUCGAUCCGAGGAUAAACUUCAUGAAGUACGAGAAGCCGCCAGUCUCGCUGGAACACCUGAAGGAGUCUGACGUCUACAAGAUGGUUCACAACAUGGACGUCGGGGCGGGGAAGAGAGUGGACAUGUUGACUCCUGUGGUCGCAGAGUGUGAUUAUAGGGAGAAGUGUCGUUCCAUGACUCCGUGCCACCCCAAGUCUACAUGUAUGGACCAGCAACUGCAGCCUUGAAUAUAAUAUAUUAAAAC